AUGGCCGCCAUUGCGAUGACCGCGCAGCCCCUGCGCAUUCUUCCCCAGAUCUCCGCGCCAGCCUUCUCCAGGUCAGCAAGGAUAUUCUCUCUCUACACCCGCCAGCUCGUCCAGCCCAUGUUCCCGACGCUCGCCGCCCUCCCCGCAAUCAACCUCAACAUCCCCGCAUGGCUCGGCGGCAUCUGGGAGUCCGUACUCCGGGCAGUACCGAAGAAGAAGACCUCUCACUCCAAGAAGAGGCACAGGCAGAUGGCUGGAAAGGCGCUGCAGGAUGUGAAGUCUUUGUGCAAGUGCCCUGGAUGCGGACAGGUUAAGAGGCAGCACGUCUUAUGCCCCACCUGUACGAGAUACCUCCCGGUUGAGAUUAUUCUCCAAAUCGUCACUUACGUCAGCCCUCCCAGUAAGUCGCUUCUGCGGUUGCCUUUUGGCUACACACUCCACAGGACAAAUCUUCGAGACGGCAUUCGAGACCUCAAAAACCUGACGCUAUCAUGCACGAGGCUAUACGACAUGCUCCAGCCGACCUUGUACACCCAAAGUGGUCAAGAUGACUGGUACGCUCUUCGUUGGGGCGCUUUCCACGGCCUAACCCGGACGAUGGAGGACGCUUUCCUGGCCGGAGCACCGUUAAACUGGGUGUACGAUGAUGCCGACGACUAUCAUGCCAACAGCUACUGUCGAUGUGGCCGCUUCGAAGGCGGCACUGCUUGGUCGAACAACUCCGUAUGCUGCACGCUCUUCUAUGAGAAAAAGCCCCUGUCGAAUGGCUUCUUUCAAAAGGAGCAGAUGCUGCCUGGGCUGCCAGACCGGGACCCGGACUGGGAGAAAUACUCUGGGGGCGCCAGCCCGAUGCUGAGAGAUCUGCAGGGCCUCACGCCGCUACAUGAGCUGUCGCGCAACACUUACGACGAAGCAACUGCAAGACUGCUAAUCGAUUUCGGGGCGAAUGCCAAUGGCCUUGACGCCAAUGGAUGGACUCCGUUACACCAUAUUUGUGCAACGCCACCGCCGCAGCAUUCACCGUUUCGCGCCUUUGCGAGCGUUUGCGUUCGAAAGAGAACACCACUUGUCAAGCUUUUACUGCACAGAGGAGCCGACUCUAAACAAUACCUGACCACACACACUGUGGACAAUGCCCACGUAACCGACAUCUUCGGGCUCGCUGCUACACCCCGAGCCGUUCUCUCGGCCAGCGGCUCUUCGACCCUUCGCGUCCACAACACCGCCGACCCUGCGAUCCCCAUCACACAGUCCAUCAGCGGUGCCCACAAGCUCGGCUGUCAUCACAUCUGCACCUCGCGCGAUGGCCGUGUAGCUGCCAGCGCGGGCUUUGCCGGCGAGCUGAAGGUCUGGGUCGUCGACAAGGACACGGGUGAGUGGAAGCUCCACUCGGACGUCACGGAUCAGAACUCCAAGGCCGGCGAGACAUGGGCCAUCGCGCUCAGCGAAGACGGCAAGUUCCUAGCAGGCACAACAUACGACGGCCGGAUAAACGUGUGGGACAUUGGCGAAGAGGGAACGCCCAAGAUCCGGGAGUAUGAGACGGGAAGCCCUGGCUCGGGCAGCUUCGGCAUGUCGGUCGACUUGAGCAGAGACGGAAAGUUCACUGCGAGCGGACACCAGAACGGUUCCGUGUACCUCUUCAACAAUGACACCGGUCGGCUUGCGUCCUCUCUGCCUGGAUUGGCCAAGCCCGUUCGCGCGGUGGCAUUCUCUCCAGGCAACACGAGACUGGCCGCCGCCGGCGACUCUUCCAUCAUUGCCAUCUACGAUCUCAAGCACGGCGAGCAAGUCGGUAACCUGACUGGCCAUUCUUCGUGGAUCACGUCCAUUGACUGGAGCGACACCGGCGAAUACCUUCUGAGCGGAGCGAUGGACGGCAAGGUCAAGGUUUGGUCAGUCGAGCGCUAUGCCUGCGUAGCUACGCACAGCGAGACGGAUAAGGCACUGUGGUCUGUCAAGUGGCUUCCCAAGACCGGAAGGAGUGAGAUGUUCUGCACUGCCGGAGCAAACAGGAGCAUCUCGUUUUACAGAGAGGCCACUGGAGCGUAG